AUGUCCUCCAACAACAACGGCGCCUGCGAGGGCUGUACCUGCGGCCGCGCCGAGGGCGGCGCUGCUCCCGAGGCGUUCCCCGUCAACGGCGUGGGACCCGCAAACGUCGCCGACUACGAGUCGUUCCCGCGCGAACCCCGCUCCUUUACCGCUCCCCCCGAGGGCGUGUAUGCGCCUGUCGAGACCUCGUCCGGUCCCAAGGUGCCCCUGCGCUCCAAGAAGUGGUUCAACGACCUCGAGGACCCAGGAAUGACGUCCAUCUACCUCGAGCGCUACAUGAACUUUGGCCUGACGCUCCCCGAGCUCCAGGAGGAGAAGCGUCCCGUCAUUGGUAUUGCCCAGACCGGCUCAGACCUGUCGCCCUGCAACCGCCACCACAUCGAGCUCGCCAAGCGUGUGCGCGACGGUAUCAUCGCUGCCGGCGGUACCCCGCUCGAGUUCCCCUGCCACCCCAUCCAGGAGACUGGCAAGCGCCCCACGGCAUCGCUGGACCGCAACCUGUCAUAUCUGUCGCUUGUCGAGGUGCUGUACGGCUACCCUCUGGACGGUGUUGUGCUGCUCACUGGCUGUGACAAGACCACCCCGGCCAUGCUGAUGGCUGCCGCAACAAUGAACAUUCCCGCGCUGUGCUUGAACGUCGGCCCCAUGCUCAACGGCUACAGCACCGACGGCAAGCGCCUCAUGGGCUCUGGCUCGGUGGCGUGGGACAGCCGCGCACAGUACGUGACGGGCAAGAUCACUGCGCAGGAGUUUGUGCACAACAUGGCGCUGUCGGCGCCCAGUGUGGGCCACUGCAACACCAUGGGCACGGCGUCGACGAUGAACGCCCUCGCCGAGGCCCUCGGCAUGGCUCUGCCGGGCUCGGCGGCCAUUCCCGCCGCGUACCGCGAGCGUGGCGCGUGCGCGUACCAGACGGGCCGCCGCAUCGUCGACAUGGUCCGCCAGGACCUCAAGCCGUCCGAGAUCCUCACCAAGGAGGCCUUUGAGAACGCCAUUGCGUGCAACACGGCCAUUGGCGGCUCCACCAACGCGCCCAUCCACCUCUGCGCUAUUGCCAAGCACAUGGGCGUCGAGCUCAGCACCGCCGACUGGGAGCGCGUCGGCUACGAGCUGCCCGUCAUUGUCAACGUCAAGCCCGCGGGCGCCUGGCUGUGUGAGGAGUACUAUCGCGCCGGCGGCCUGCCAUCUGUCAUUGCCGAGCUCCUCGAGAACGGCAAGCUGCCGCACCCCAACGCCCUGACGUGCACGGGCAAGUCGGUGUCGGAUAACUGCAAGGGCGAGUUCUCGCUCGACCGCCGCGUGAUCAUGCCGUUUGACAAGCCCCUCAAGUCGCACGGCGGCUUCCUCAACCUCCACGGCAACCUGUUCGACAGCGCCAUCAUGAAGACGUCGGUCAUCUCAGACAAGUUCCGCAAGCAGUGGCUCGAGAACCCCGAGGACCCCAUGGCCUUUGAGGGUGCCGUCGUGGUCUUUGAUGGUCCCGAGGACUACACCCGGCGCAUCAACAAGAUGACCACCAUUGACGCGCGCACCAUCCUCAUUAUGCGUGGCGCCGGCCCACAAGGAUACCCGGGUGCCGCCGAGGUCGUCAACAUGCUCCCGCCCGCCGAGCUCAUCAAGCAGGGUCUCGAGCUGCCGUGUAUCGGCGACGGCAGGCAGAGCGGCACGUGCGGCACUCCGGCCAUCCUCAACGCGUCCCCCGAGGCCGCGUCCGGCGGCAUGCUCGGCUACCUGCGCGACGGCGACGUGGUGCGCGUCGACCUCAACAAGCGCACCGCCAACGUCAUGCUCACCGACGAGCAGAUUGCCGAGCGCAAGGUGCAAGUGGGCUCGUACCAGGAGAACAAGAUGCCCAAGAACCAGACACCCUGGCAGGAGAUCUUCCGCGACUCGGUCAGCGAGCUCUCGGACGGCAUGGUCCUCAAGCAGGCCACAAAGUACCAGCGUAUCGCACAGACCAUGCCCACCCCGCGCCAGAACCACUAG